AUGGGCACCGAACUCUCCUCUCCCCUGAAGACGGAGGGUAAGGUCGACGGCAGGCCCGUCACAUUCAGUCUCGUGCGCCACGAAGGCAGUCAAUAUGAAUUAGUAUGGGAAGAGAAUGAGUCCGACACGAAAGAAAGGAUCACCAGAGAUGACAUGAUAGCUGUACUACCAAUACACGCGAGCGUACCAGACGAUUACACUGUCCUAUACGUCGCUCCAAACCCAGCUAUCAAGGACAACCCCGUUGCCUCCCCAGUCAUCUUCAAGCACUUUGUAGGCACAAAUCUUCCAGGGGACUUGGUUCACGCCUACGAACCACCAGGAAAUGCAUGCUGGCAACUACGGCAAGACGAUGGUUCUAUCCCAAAUCUGCACAUCAUCGUCUCCUCCGGCUCAGGAACGGGCCAAGGCCAGAACGUCUGGGAGGUUUUACUGAAGCCUAUGCUCCAGCAUGUUUGCCCCAUGGCCGACAAAUAUGCUGUCCACUUUACCGACUCGGAGUCUAGUGUUACUGAUCUUACAAAGAGUGUCCUGUUACCCGCGGCAAACCAGGGUAAAGCACAGUCUAUCAUAUUGCUAAGUGGUGAUGGUGGGAUAGUGGACAUCGUGAAUGGCCUGCUCUCUGAUAAGCACAUGCGACAGUAUAUCAAACCCAAUAUCGCCAUCCUACCACUAGGGACUGGCAAUGCUCUGGCGCAUAGUGUUGGCAUCACAGCGGACAACACUCUCGGUGUCAAGAAUCUGCUGCAAGGUAGGACGCGCGAGCUGCCAAUCUUUCGUGUGAGCUUUUCCUCUGGCGCACGUCUUUUGGUCAACGAGGCACGAGAAGUGCAGCAAUUGGCUUUGGUCAACGGCGCUCCGACGUCAUAUGGUGCUGUCGUUUGCUCAUGGGGCUUUCACGCUGGUCUGGUAGCUGAUAGUGAUACGCAUGAAUAUCGAAAGCACGGUGCGGAGCGGUUCAAGAUGGCUGCAAAGGAAGCUUUGUACCCUUCUGAUGGAUCAAGACCGCAUCCCUAUUGCGGUAAGGUAUCUGUACUACGACCUUCGAAUGAUGGUGCGAAGCAGGACUGGCAAGUCUUGAACAGAAGUACUCACGCCUACGUGCUUGUAACACCAGUCUCAAAACUUGAGAAGGGCUUCACGAUUUCGCCCGCCAGUCGACCCCUGGACGGUAAAUUGCGACUGGUGCAGUUUAGCGCUUUGAGUGGCGAUGAGUGCAUGGAUAUCAUGACCAAGGCUUAUGAUGGUGGCAAGCAUGCUGAUGACCCGCGAGUCGGGUAUGAAGAGAUCGAAGGCUUGAGAAUCGAGUUCGAUGAGGAGGAUGCCAGAUGGCGGCGUAUCUGCGUAGAUGGCAAGAUCGUCAGGGUGGAAGAGGGCGGAUGGGUCGAGGCCAGAGCUGGUGUGAAGGAAGUGGCAGAUCUUAUAUUGGCGCAGUAG